AUGUCCGGCGUGCCGUCCAUCACGCUGUCCGAGGGCUGUCGGCAGCUGCUGCUCACCCUCCUGCUACUGCUCGCCGCGCUCUCCAUCAACGCCGGAGUGGUCCUGGUGGUCAUCGCCGCCCUCCUGAGACCGCGGCUGGACGAGCACGUGCCCGUGCUGCCCAAAGGAGCGCUGCUGCGCGAGCUACACCUGCUGGUGGGUGGCGGCGCCGCCAGCCUGGCCACCGGCUGUCUAAGCCUGAUCUGGGCCACCUCGGCGCGGGCGCGGGGCAAGUCGCGCCGGCGCGCCGCGCAGCCGCUGGGCUGGAUGUGCCUGCUGCUGCAGCUGGGCGCCGCCGGCCUGCUGCUGGCGCUGGCACUGCUGGUCGAGGUGCGGCUGCGCGCCUUCCAGACCGUCUUCCACGCCGGGUUUUCGCGCACCCUGUGGCGGUACGCAGAUACUGCUGCGCUGAAGGGUUACGUGGACCGCACGCAGGCCCGCUACCAGUGCUGCGGCGCCCUGGGCUUCUCCGACUGGUUUGUGGUCGACUGGUACCCGGUCACAUUGUUCGUGGCCAGGUAUCUGGAGGUGGUGCGGCAGCGGCAGCGUUUCGCCAAACUGGGAGAGCGGCGCGGAAAUCAGCUGCGCGCCUCGUUCGCGAUGCAGCAGUACGGCUCGGAGCAGCACGCCCAGCUGGUGACGGCUGCCAUCGAGGAGGAGAUGAGCUCCCAGCAGCUGCAGGCCGACCUGCUCGCCGCCAAGCAGCUGGGCUUCAGCGAGGUGCCGUUCAGCUGCUGCGACCCGGAGAGUCCGCAGUGGUGCCGGCAGAUGUUCGUCACCGAGCCGGCGCCGCACUACCGGCCACCGGCCAACCUGACAGUGUUCACGGCCGGCUGCAGCGGCCGCGUGCCGGCCCUGUUCGGCUGGUACCUGUGGCUGGCCGGCAGAGCGGCGCUGGCCGUCGCCGCUCUCCAGCUGGCGAUGGCGCUGGUCUCGCGCUACUGGCAGACGAGCGCCAGCAGCGCGCUGGCCGCCGGCCGCCACUUGUCCCCGGCGCCCGGCUGGCUGAUACCCACCUGCUCGGGCCGUGCCGGGUCCGCGGCAGAGCAGCUGCCACUGCUGGACCUGAAGAAGCGAGACCUUAGCAACCAGCUGGACACUGAGGACACUGAAGUGAGUGAACAGAUAGAAGACGCCGGACAGCACGAGGAUGAUGAUGACGAUGUUGAAGAUGGUGGAAAUGGCGAGGAUGAAGAUGAAGAUGACGAGGAAAAUGACGAAGACGAUGGUAAUGAUGAAUGA